AUGGCCGUUAGUGACAAGAAUUUCAAUGAGAUGAUGACCCACAACAAAAUGCUCGAAAACCAAAUUUCUCAACUUGCUAAUGCUUUGAAAGACCAAGAAAGACCUUUUUCUUUACCUUCCCAAGGCCUAGGUCCCAAGAAACCCGUGAAUGCUAUUGUUACAAGGAGUGGUAAGGUUCUUGAGGAGAGAUUUCCUAGGAGGAGUGAAGACAAGGAGGUCCCCAAGGAAGCUUUGGUUGAGAAUGGGGGAGAUAGAGCAUCUCUAGAUGAGGUUGUGGUUGAGACACCAAGAGAGGUGAGAGUAGAGAAAGAGAUUGUGAAACCCAAGUUCCGUUAUCCCCAAAAAUUCAUGAGACACACAUUGGAUGAGCAAUUUGGGAGAUUUAUUGACAUGCUCAAACAACUUCACCUUUCUCUACCUUUCACCGAUAUGAUCAACCAAAUGCCUAACUAUGCCAAAUUCCUCAAAGACAUUUUGAGUGGGAAGAGGACUUGUGAUGUUGUUGAGACUAUUAUUUUUACUGAAAAUUGUAGUGCGAUCAUCAUGAACAAAAUGCCACCCAAGUUGAAAGACCCCGGAAACUUCUCCGUCCCUUGUGUUAUUAACAAGAUGCAAAUUAAUAAUGCCCUAUGUGACUUAGGAGCUAGUGUAAGCCUAAUUCCAUAUUUGUUUUAUCAAAGACUUGAUCUAAGGGAACUAUUACCUUCUAACAUAACCUUGCAACUAGCCGAUAGGUCAAACAAGUUUCCAAAAGGUAAAGUCGAAGAUGUUCCAUUGAGGGUUGGGAAGUUUGCGUUCCCGGUGGAUUUUGUUGUUCUAGAAAUGGAUGAAGAUGCUACCAUUCCUAUCAUUCUAGGUAGACCCUUUCUUGCUACCUUGGGUGCUAUGAUAGAUGUCAAGUGUGCAAAGAUUUCCCUUAAGGUAGGCGAUGAGGUCAUAGAAUUCGAUUUAAAUGAAAGCAUGAAAUAUUCAAGUUCUUCUCUUGAAAAUUACAUGAUAAUUGACUCUCUUGAUCAUGUUGUGUCUUCCAUGCAUGAGAAAUUGAUCACCUCUAACGAUGCUCUUGAGAAUGUUUUGUUGAACAAAGAUAAGCUAGGUGCACCAUGCAAGAAGAUGGCAUUGUAUGAUGAAUUUCUUAAUGGAAACACGGAGGAAGUGGGUAAACAAUUGUGCUUGAAGAUCUCAAGUCAUGAAGCUUUGCAAGCGGCCGCAACAAAAGAAGGUAAAGGUGUGCCUAUGGUAGAGCUCAAACCUCUACCAUCACACCUUAUGUAUGAAUUCUUAGGCCGAAAUUCCACUAACCCCGUAAUUGUUAGUGCAUCCUUGAGCGAGAGCCAAGCUCAAGCGUUAUGUUGUGUCUUGAGAAAGAAACAAGGUGCUUUGGGCUAUACUAUUGAUGAUCUUAAGGGUAUAAGCCCUGCUUUGUGUACACACCACAUAACGCUUGAGGAAGGCACCCUUCCUUCUAUUGAACGAUAA